AUGGCAACUACUGUGUCUGGUUCUUCCGCACCGGGUAACCCUAAUCCCGUGGUCACUCUCGUCAGCGCGAGGGAUCUCCUGAAAGAAUUUGCUGUCGACAGAAAUACAACAACCGGUUACACUUCUGUAUCCAAUGUAUACCAGCCUUUCUGGAUAAUCGAUCUGGGAGAAAUCCGAGACGUGUAUGAGGUCAGGAUCCUCCCUCAUGAGUAUGGCUCCUUCUUCAGCAACAUUGAGAUCCGCCUUGGAAUGAAUCUCCUGACAACAGGCAACUUCUCCUCCUACGUCUUGCUGGCAACAUACCCAGGUCCCUACACAUGGUCUGAUAUGGUGUACCUGUCCUGCUACUCAGAAGGGGUUCCCGGGAGGUACCUCAGUGUUCAAAAGAUGCUAUCUAAUAAUGCUACUUUGGCUAUCCUAGAAGUGGAAGUGUACGCCACGAAGAACCCUUCCAGGCCAUGA